AUGGCCCACCAUACCCUACAAAACAUCCCAGUCCAAGAAGGCUCUAAUAGGCCUGUUAGCCCAAGUGCUCGAUUUAUAUCUACAGCCAGCCCAAUCAAGAGGCAUGUGAUGCCAUACCCCGUUCACCCAAUCAGCCCUUGCAGGCCUACUGGUCAACAACCUGCCAUAUUUGCUCCUUUGAGCAACAACUCAACUCUUCCUUGGAGUCACAGUGUGUCAGAUGCGUCUGUCGAAGAAGCCAUGGCGCUUGGCCGCCCUCAUGGACAAACAAUCUACAGAUAUGGCACCCCAGCCCAUUUUCAAUCUCCACUUGUCAACAUCAACUCGAUGAUGGUGCAGCCCAACGUCUUUGGGCAAGGAAGUUUCCGUGCACCUGAACUUCCAAGCACCGGUCAAGUUUUGACCCCAACUCCAACUCCUAACGUGAUCCAUCUUGAUCAAGAUGGAAAUGAUGAUGAAUUACCAGACCCCUUAGAUCUCAUCCGACCAAUCGAUGCGGGGGUUGAAUUUCCCAAAGAGACCCCUUUCCCCAUCGAGGAGGAGAUACAGCUCCCUGAACGUUCCUUCGAGAUCUCGCUCAACCUAUACCAACAACAACCUACCAAUACUGACUCUGUUGGUAAUCGAACUAAGAAGGCUCGCGGACGUGCUGCCAAGGAGGCUCCAAAGGCAGCCAAGCCCCAAUGGAAGAAUUUCAAACCUUCUCCGGUUAAAAGUGUCUUACCUGUCGGAUCUUUUACUUGGCCUGUCUAUCGCAAGAAGAUUUUCGACACGUGCAAUGUCCGACUCGCCGGCAUUUCCAAUGCCUUAAUCGCUGCUGAAAAAACCGGUUUACUCGCCAUUCAAGCUUUCAUCAACGCCACCGAUCGCCAACAUAAGGCAUACCACAGCUUUAUUACUGAUGAUGCAAGUUUGGGCAAGUUUGUCACCGCUGUGCUAGCUGCCCCACCUGAGGCGAUCAUGGGGUUCAAAAUUACCCAUACAAACCCCAAAACCAGUGAGGAUGCUAAUCGCGCUUUAGCAUCGACUUUCCCGCCACCUAAUCACCCAUCUGACUCUCCAUCUGAUGAGGAAGAUACGGUCUCCGAGGGGGUGAGCUGUCUUAUUUACCAUCUUUUUGAUUUUAUUGAGAUACCGGUUACUAAUUUGUGUUUUGUUUUAAUCACAGUCAUCUUAUCUCUCUGCCGCUAA